AUGCCUUUGAAAGUAACACCUGGUGUCCUCGACUGGGUCAGGUUCGUGCGUGGUGCUGCCAGUCUCGUGGGCUCGCCCCUCUUCCGUCGUGUCCCAGAUGCAGCUGCCGCCGCAGUGCUGGUGGGCGUGGCUGGUGCGGAGGUCGCUCUCGAGGCAUCGGAUGGGGCGGCGUCAAGAUGUUUCAACUGCUUCGGUGGCUGUGGUGACUGCCGCUGCGAACCAUGCGUCGAUGUCAGCGUCUAUCCCUACGCAGCUUGGCGUUUUCGUUACGUUAUUACAAUAGGAGAUUACGCGACCCCGGGCUCUACACUAGAGAGAAAGAUUUUGGACAGGACUGUCCAAACUCUGUCCACCAAUGGAAUUUCCGGCUCCCGCCAGAUCUCGGGGCUGGUAUUCGUGCCCAACCUGGCAACAGAGGAUCCUUGCAGCGAAAUCACUGCACAAUUUGUCCCCAAAAGUGUCACUCGUCACAAGGACGACUUGACCUUCGGGUAUCCGCGAUUGGGAUCGCCCCAUGGAGGUCUGUGGAUUGCACCAACUCGUUAUUGUCUGCCUCGCGGGAGGCAAAGGCAGAUGGAAUGA